AUGCUCUUUUUACCUGCAAUUGUCGCCUCAUUAGGCCUUGCCAACGCUGCUGUCGUUACUGUGACUAACCACGUCCACGCAGAUGCUCUUGUAUCGGUGCAAGGUAUCCUUUACGUGGAAAAUGGUCAAACAAGAACUACUUUUGUCACUGAAGGUGGUGCUCAACCAACUUCCGUUUCCAACCAAAUCAGUUCAUCAGUUGUUGCAGUCCCUGCUACUCCUUCUGGUAGCCAAGCCACUGAAUCUUCUAGCACACCUGCAAGUGGAUCAGUUACCGUGAUAACUGAAACUGCCGGAUCUCCUGCUUCCACCUCCGGCUCAGCAGCUCCAUCCACUUCUGGAUCUUCUUCCAGUUCCGGCUCAGCAGCUCCAUCCAGUUCCGAAUCAGCUCCUGCUCCAUCCACCUCCGGAUCAGUUGCUGCUCAAUCUUUUUCUGAACCAUCUUCUACUUCUGCUUCUGCUUCUGCCACUCCAUCAGUAUCUCAAGUUCCAAACGCUGCUUUCGCUUCUGCUUCUUCCUCAUCCUCAUCUUCUGCACCAGCUUCUACUUCAAGUGCAGCUACUACCACCUUGAGCCCAUCUUCCUCUAGCCAAGCACCAUCAAGUGCUUCAUCCGCUGCACCAUCAAGUGCUUCCUCAUCCGCUGCACCAUCCAGUUCUGGUUCUUCCGAUUUCCAAAACACGAUGGUUGAUCGCCACAAUGACAAGCGUUCUCAGCAUCAAUCUACUGGCUCAUUGGAAUGGGAUGAUGAAUUGGCCAACUACGCUCAAAACUACGCUGAUAAAUACGACUGUUCUGGUGAUUUGGUCCAUUCUAAUGGUCCAUACGGUGAAAACUUGGCUGUCGGUUAUGACGAUGAAGGUACUAUCGAUGCUUGGUACGAUGAAAUUAAGAAGUACAGCUUCAGUGACCCAGUCUUCUCCGAAUCAACUGGUCACUUUACUCAAUUGGUCUGGAAGUCUUCUACUAAGGUCGGUUGUGGUAGUAAGCAAUGUGGUGGUUCCGUUGGUAAGUACAUCAUUUGCAACUAUAACCCAGCUGGUAACUUCAUUGGAGAUUUCUCUCAGAACGUUCUCCCAACCUUAUAA